GUUCUACCUAUUCACCAAACUCAAAACCUCCACCUCACCUCAUACAAACAACAACCUCCCUCCACAACCAUGGAAGCUCCCUCUAAUAGGCCACUUACACCACCUCUUAGGAUCACUCCCACAUAUUGCUCUCACAAACUUAUCCCAAAACCUUGGCCCAAUCUUUCACCUACGCCUCGGCGAAUUCACUUUCGUCGUAAUCUCCUCACCUGAUUUAGCUAAACAAGUCAUGAAAACCAACGACUUAUCUUUAGCAAACCGACCCAAGCUUCUGAGUGCUGAAAUAGUCGGAUACAACUACACCGACGUCAUCUUCUCCCCUUACGGUGAAUACUGGCGACAAAUGCGUAAAAUCUGCAUCUUGGAGCUGCUAAGUGCCAAGAAAGUCGGGUCUUUCAAGUCCAUUCGUGAUCAGGAGUCAUGGAGCCUCGUGGAAUGCAUGGUUAACAAAGGACCGGUGACAAUUAAUCUUACUGAGAAGAUUUUUUCUACAAUUAAUGUUAUUGCAACUCGGGUGGCGGUUGGAAGUAGAUGCAAGGAUCAUGGGAUGCUUGUUGAGUUGAUUGAACAGCUUGUGUCGUUGUCUGGUGGGUUUGAUGUGUGUGAUUUGUUUCCAUCGUUUAAAGUGCUGCAUUUGGUGACUGGAAUGAGGGGAAAGUUGAUGAGGAUUCAUAGCAAGAUUGAUAAGAUGUUAGACGGUAUAAUCUCCGACCACCAGGAGUGUCGUGCCGGUGGCGGUCGGACUGAGCAAAAUGAGGAUCUGCUUGAUGUUUUGUUGAGGCUUAAAGAUGAUGGAGGGCUUCAGUUUCCGUUGACUUAUGAUAACAUCAAAGCAGUAAUUCUGGAUAUGUUUGCAGCCGGUACAGAUACAGCUUCGGUGAUAAUCGAGUGGGCAAUGUUUGAACUAAUGCUAAAUCCAAGGGUAAUGCAUAAACUACAAGGAGAGAUUAGGCGGGUUUUCCAGGGUAAGAAAAAGGUUUAUGAGUCGGAUAUUGAAGAUCUUGAAUACUUAAGCCUAGUGAUCAACGAAACGUUGAGGUUGCAUCCCCCUAUUCCGUUAAUCCCUAGAGAGUGUCGGGAAAAGUGCGAAAUUGGUGGAUAUAAUAUUCCCGUGAAUACCAAAAUUACUAUCAAUAUAUGGAAAAUAGGGCGUGAUCCAGACUACUGGAAUAAUCCUGAGAGUUUCAUACCAGAAAGAUUUAGCGAGAGUUCAAUUGACUUUAAGGGAACAUAUUUUGAGUAUCUCCCAUUUGGCGCCGGAAGAAGAAUUUGUCCAGGCUUAACUAUGGGUUUGGCCAUUGUAGAGCUUGUUCUUACUAGGCUACUCUACCACUUCAACUAGGAGCUUCCAAAUGGAGUAAAUCUAGAGAAUAUUGAUAGAAGUGAGACUCUUGGAGCCACUCUAAAACUAAAAAAUGACUUGUACUUAGUUGCAAGUGCUUACAACACAAAUUUGUGACCGACAGUUAUGUUUUUAUGUUUGAUAUUUGAUAUUUGAUAUUGAUAUGUAUUGUUCCUUGAUA